AUGCAUACCGAUACCUUUCACCUCUACUCAUAUUUCUGCUCCUCAUGCUGUCAACGGAUCAUAAUUGCCGCUCACCUGAAGGGCAUUCCCCUUGAGUACACCUAUAUCGAUCUCGGAACAAAAGAGCACAUAACGGACAAAUACAAAGAAUCAAACCCCAGUGCCAGCGUGCCCACCCUGGUAGUGACAAGCAUCGGCGGUCAAAAGACCAUCCUCCGCCAAUCCAUGACUAUUUUGGAAUAA